AUCUGAAAUUUUAAAAUCAAACUAUUUUGCUGAACCGAUAUAAUCGUUGCUCUUUUGCACCGAGUCAUUGGGCUCCGUUGCUGGAGGACUUCCACCAUCUGCAGCCGCUUCAUCCUUGGCGGCGAUGGCGAAGACGCCGCUCGGGUGCGAACCGGUGGUGGGUUCGCUAACUCCAUCGAAGAAGAGAGAGUACAGAGUCACCAACAGACUCCAGGAGGGCAAGCGCCCCCUCUACGCCGUCGUUUUCAACUUCAUCGACUCUCGCUAUUACAACGUCUUCGCCACAGUUGGCGGCAAUCGGGUGACUGUCUACCAAUGCCUAGAGGGGGGUGUCAUUGCUGUAUUGCAGUCUUACAUUGAUGAAGACAAGGAUGAAUCAUUUUACACUUUGAGCUGGGCAUGUAAUAUUGAUGGGACCCCAUUUAUAGUGGCUGGAGGAAUCAAUGGUAUACUUCGCGUUAUUGAUGCCGGCAAUGAGAAGAUACACAAGAGCUUUGUUGGCCAUGGGGACUCAAUAAAUGAAAUUAGAACUCAGGCAUUGAAACCAGCACUUGUCGUCUCUGCAAGCAAAGAUGAGUCAGUCCGGCUAUGGAAUGUUCAUACAGGAAUAUGCAUUUUGAUAUUUGCUGGAGCUGGGGGUCAUCGUAAUGAAGUUUUGAGUGUGGACUUUCAUCCCUCUGACAUAUAUCGCAUCGCAAGCUGUGGCAUGGAUAACACUGUUAAGAUUUGGUCAAUGAAAGAAUUCUGGACAUAUGUGGAGAAAUCUUUCACAUGGACUGAUCUUCCAUCAAAAUUCCCAACAAAAUAUGUUCAGUUUCCUGUGUUCAUAGCUUCUGUGCAUUCGAACUAUGUUGACUGUAAUAGGUGGCUUGGUGAUUUUGUCCUUUCAAAGAGUGUUGAUAAUGAAAUUGUAUUGUGGGAACCAAAAAUGAAGGAACAGUCACCUGGUGAGGGUUCCGUAGACAUCCUUCAAAAAUAUCCUGUUCCUGAGUGUGAUAUUUGGUUCAUCAAGUUUUCGUGUGAUUUCCAUUUCAAUGCAGCAGCUAUAGGGAAUAGGGAAGGGAAGAUAUAUGUUUGGGAGCUGCAAUCCAGCCCACCUGCUCUCAUUGCAAGGUUGUCCCACGUUCAAUCAAAAUCUCCAAUCAGACAGACUGCCAUGUCCUUUGAUGGAAGCACUAUUCUCAGCUGCUGCGAGGAUGGCACAAUAUGGCGCUGGGAUGCAGUUGCAGCGUCUUAAAGCUUUAUUUAAAUCAUCCAUCUGUAGGAUUUUAUAUGAUUCCCUGAAGCAUGCAGUUUCUGCCCAGAAAAUAUCUUGUGCUGAUUAAGCUUGUUGAAAAGGGGGUGGGCUGGCCGGCUGGUGACCUUGUUCUUAUCUGGUCCUUAUAUUAUGAAUUUUUAUCUUUGCUCUAUUGACAUUUACUUCAGCUAACCCAAGUACUUUAAAUGUGAUGAGUUGUAGUUUUGUAUGCCAGAAGCCUUUUUGUACAUUUGUUGCCUACGGGCUGCUGUAUUUUGUUAUGAUGUAUCCAUUCUUUCUUUUCUUUUGGCCAGUGAAUUCUGCUUGAAUACUCCUUUCUGUUAAUUCUACUCACUUGAUCA